UGAGACUGUGCGCCCUGCGGCGGUGCUCCCAAUAAAGGUAGGAAAGGGAUUAAUUGAACGUCACUGAGCUCCUCCUGGAAUGGGUGUGGCCAAGAAAUCCAGAAAAGUUUCUUCCCACUUCGCGCGUGAGCAGAAGAAGCGCCGCCAAGCAACGGGGUGGAAAUCCAGAGGGGAAACAGCUCUUCUUCGCGGUUUUUGAGAAAUUUCGGGAUCGGGAAUCAGGGCAACCCUCGAUGAAGUCUCGGGGACGCAGCGUGCCCACAGCCUCAGCGGCCUGGGCAGGUCACACCCCAGGUCCCGGGCCACUCCCGGAGCUCAGACUUCGGCCUAGGGUCCCCAAGACCUUCCUCAUACUACAAGUUGUCCUUCUGUUCUUGAGCCUCAGAGACACAGUGACAUCUGAGCCAGUCGGUGAUCUACACGCUGACCUCCAGAGAGCCAGUCAAAGCCCAUCAGAAAUAAAGUGUCAACCAGGCUCCUACCUGUCACCUGAGACUAGGGCUUGCAAUCCCUGCACUGCCGGGAUAGACUACACCAGCUCUCUCAACAGCCUGGCCUCAUGCAGACCCUGCAGCGUCUGUAAGGAAGAUAAAGAGGAAAAAAGCAAAUGCAACUCCACCCGGGACACGGAGUGUCAGUGUAAACCAGGCACCUUUGAAGAUGAAAACUCUCCUGAGUUCUGCCAGAGAUGCCUUGAGUGUACCAACGGAGACGUUGAAAAGACUCCUUGUACCCCAAAGACAAACCGGAAGUGUGACCCCAAAUACUCAUUCUUAGGCCUCAUCAUAGGACUCGUGGUAUCUCUGCUGGCGAGUGUAGCUUUGGCUAUAAUUUGGAAGACUGGGGUCUGGAAGCGAGUAUUGCAGGAUAUGAAAAGAGCCUAUCCAGGCCGUGAACGGAACCCUGAAAGUGCAAACGCUGUGAAUGUGUCUCUCAUGAGAGUGCAGACAUCCAGCAUGGGAAGUGACUCUCACUGCAACACGGAACCUGAGGAAGCUGUGAAUUCUCCAACAGGAAGGAAGUUGCUGGGUCCAGCAAAGGGAAUCGACGCAGUUGAUGCCCUGAAGCAAAUCUUCAGUUACUGUCCGAAUGUUGUACCGUAUAACUCCUGGAACAGCCUCAUGCGACAGAUGGGCCUCACAGACAAUGAGAUUCAAGUGGUCAGAGCUGAAACACUGGCCCUACGAGAAGUCUUGUACCAAAUGCUUCUGAGGUGGCUCAACCAAACGGGCCGGGAUGCCUCCAUCAACCAUCUGCUGGAUGCCUUGGAGGCCGUGGGAGAGAGGUGGGCCCGGCAUGAAAUUGAAGACUAUGCCGUGAAAUCUGGAAAGUUCCUUUAUCAAGAGGCUACAGCAGAGCCAGGCAUGGUGACACACACCAGCACUGAGGAGACAGAGCUGGGAUAAUCUCUAUUUGAGUUCAAGACCAGCCUGGUCUAUAUGGUGAACUCAGUAUAGCUAGGAUUGUGUAGAGAGGGCCUGUCUUAAAAGAAGAGGAAGCUGCAAUGGGUCUAAAGACCUUCAAUGACUUUAGAAUUAAUUUUAUUUUAUCUUUCUGUAUUUAUUGUCAUAUUACUGUAUUAUUGUCAUACUGGAAGCUAGACCCAGAGCCUUGUGAACACUAGGCAAGCAUUCAAACACUCAAAUGCAUCUCAGCAUCUUGGUUUGCCUUCUGUACCUGGACAGGGCACAAUUGGCAGGGUAUGGUAGAACCAGCCUGUCUUUCUGGCCCUCCAGAGGUGGAGCCAGGAAGAUCAAGAGUUUGAGGUCAGUUGGGCCACAUGAGAACCUGUAAUGUGCAUUAUUAGUAAAUUAUCAUAUGCUGUCUAAACGUGUUGAGAGCUGACUAUGGAAACAAAGAGGGUGCUCCUGUCCCAGGGUCUAACAUGUUCAUUUCACAUGUCUGCCAAGACCCCUUGUCCACAGACAAACUGCCCCCUGCCCCCACCCCCAACCCCACCUCCCUGUGACAGAGGGAAGCACAAAACAGCCCGAGUAUAGGAAUUUGAGCUGUCCUUGAGAACAGCUCAAAGGUCACCAGUUUCCGACCAAGGUGACGGCUCUUUAUUGUUAGUCUCCAAACCAACCCGACUGCUGCUCAACCACACAGCUGCACAGCUCCCCUGGCUCACAGGCUGAGGGUCUGUCUGGAAUGCAACUCCCAGGUGAACCGAUUUCUCACUCCCUCCGGUGAGUUUGCUGGUCUGGACACACAGAGAACAUAAAAAGCGCUCCGGGUGGCGACCCAUCCCCCACCCCCUUUCCUACCACCUGCUGGGGAAUCAGUGCAUCCUGGCUCCAAGUGCCUCUGAGACCCCAAAGAAACAACUUCUGUUUUGUUCCAUGGCCUCGAUUCUCCUUAGUUUGGGUUCCAGUCCUCCUUUACAUAUACCUGACCUGUCUAGGUGUGGAUAACUGGGUCUUUUAAGCUAUACCACUUUAUAUUUCUGUUUGUCUUUGUCUUAUGGUUCUGGGUACUGGAUGCAGGUCCCAGUUCAUGCUUAGCACUUUCUUUGCCACUGGGCUACAACCCCAGUUUAUUAAUCUAUAAGUUUAAUGACUUUAUAGGUGCCUAUAAAUACUUACAUGUUUACAGGUAGAUGUUGCCAGAUGAGUCAAGACUUGGGAACUGUAUCCACUGUGAUGGACAUGGCUGGUCCAUGACCUGCCAUUGGUGAUGGGUAAUCUUGAUUAGACUGUGAGAGGCUGGGCCAGGGAGAUGGCUCAGCAGAUAGAGGUGCUUGCCACCAAGUGUGAUGACCCAAGCUCUAUCCCCAGAAACCAUAUGAUGGGAGACGAGAACAGACUCCUACAAGUUGUCUUCUGGCCUCUGUGUGAUGUGACAUGAGUGUGUGUGUGUGUGUGUACACAAAGUAAAUGUAAUUUUUAAAAUCCAGUUGAGAGGCACCUAGGAGAUUGUAGCACACACUUUUGGGGGGUGUCUGCCAGGGCGUUUCCAGAGAGGAUUGACAUGUGGAACAGCAGCUGAGAUGGGAAGACUUGCCAUAGAUUGAGUACACUAUCCAAUAGGCUGGGGCCGGGAAUGGGAUGAAGGAGGGAGGAGGAGGCAGCCAGCCAGUGCUCGCAAACUUCGCUCUUCACGGUCUGUCUGCUGCUGCUGCCACCAUCACCAGGAGCACCCUUCUCCGGCCUCUCUGACCUUUCCACACGGACUCAACCCCAGCGACUCUCCAAGGCGUCUCAGACCGUCAGCCUUGGUUUAUUUGGACUGAGAGGCUACAGGGCCCUGUGGUUCUAGGCACGUAAGCCCAUUUCAUGAGUCCCCCUUUACAGUGUUCUACUGUUGGUUCCUAUCUAGACUUCUCGUCUACGGCUGGGGUGAGGAGAUGGGACGUAAGUUAGGCCAGAGGUGCCUAAUAAGCUCAUGUGCAUUUAAUGUUAGUGACUCUGAGUCCUUCCUGGGGUCACGGGAGGAGGGGACAGAGACUUGCUCCUGAUAUCUGCAUGCUCUCAGGGAUGAUAUACAUGAAUGUGAAGUACUGGUAACUCAUGAAUUCUCAGUUCUAGUGAAUCAAGCCCUGGGCCAUAUUGGGGCAUAGAAACCCAUACUUGAGGACCGUGAUCUCUGGAAGCACCUGAGCAUUGUACAGUACUAAACACUGAAAUGUCAAUUCUUGGGUUUUGGUUUUGAGUCUGGGUCUUGGCUAUGAAUCCCAGACUGCCCUCACCCACAAUCCUCCUGCCUCAGCCUCCUUCAAACUGGAAUUACUUGUGUGCAUCACCAUAGCCAUAUAUAAUUAUUUUUAAAAUACUGUGAUAGGGAUUUCUGGAGAGCUGGCACAUUCAGAUUUUUGUCCUGUGUCGAUUCCUAUUCUGUUUUUAAAAACUAAUUUGUCUUUGAGACAAAUAUGUAUGUAUGUAUCUAAAUAUGUAUGUAUAUAUCUAAAUAUGUAUGUAUGUAUCUAAAUAUGUAUGUAGCCUUAGCUAAUCUUGAACUCACUAUGCAGGCCACUAAGGAUGGCCUCCAAUUCAGAGAUCUGCCCGCAUGUGCCUUCCAAGUUCUGGGAUUAAAUGAGUAUGCCACCACUGGGAGGUGGGUUGGGAGGGGAGGCUGGGGGGGGCAGGAGGAGAGAAGAGGGGGAUCUUUGAUUGGUGUGUAAAAUGAAUGAAAAAUUUUUCUUAAUAAAAAAAUGUAAAGGUAAAUGUUUUGUUUUGUUUUGUUUUGUUUUAGAUGGAUGAGUGUUUUGCCUGCAUAUAUGUGCAUGACAUACGUGCCUGGUGCUCUUGUAGGUCAGACAGCGACCUCUGAUCACUAGAGUUACAGAUGGUUGUGAUCCACUAUGUGGGUGCUGGGAACCGAGCCCAUUCUGCAAGAGCAAGUGCUCUAAACCGCCGAACCAUCUCCUUAAGUCCUCAGUCUGUCAGCCCACCUUCUGGCCAAACCUCCUCCAACACAUUCUAGUCACACAGCAGGACAGUGCCUGGAGAGGCUGUUAUUCUGGGUAUCAGCAUUGUGCCUACAUGCAGAUGCUGGACCAGCCCCAAAGUAGGUAUAUGUUUCACCACCACAUUUGAUGCCCUUUCUUUGACUCCCUUGGAAAACAUGUUGGUAACAUAAAAUAAAUAAAACAAGGCAUGCCAUUAGGUACAAAAUACUCAUGUAUUAUGAAUUCAUGACCAAAUUAAAUAUGAAACCUUAUAUAAAAAGGUGUGGGGUUUUUUGUUCAUUUGUUUUUGCCCCCAUCCUCUAAGACAAUACUGAGUGACAUAGUCCAGGGGGGCUUGUUCUUCUGUCACUGCCCGCCCCCUGACGGGGGGGCUUUUAUGCCAGAGGCUUGCCCCCCCCCACUGGGGUGUCUCCUGCUUCUGUCCCCCUGGAAUCCAGAGCACCCAGGGACUGAGACUGCAAUUUGCACCUCCCCUUUCCUGGCUCACUCAGUCCCCCUGGGUGCUUCUACUAGGCUGUAGGGCUCCACCUGGUGCACACUGGCUCUGACAGCUGUGGAGGGUAGGGGGGUGGGUCCCUGAGGGGUGAACUGGCCUGGCAGGGGGCAUGGUCUUCCUUGGACUUCCACCAACUCCACAAAUCUUCACUUCCUCCCACUGGCCUGUCCCUGUCCAUCCUCAUCACUGGUGAAUGCCCAGGCUGCUAGACUGAGAGACCCAAUUCCCCUUGCUCUUUAGGCCUGGACUCGACUUAUUACCUGCAGCUCCCAAGAGAUGCAGCCCUAACUCUGUCCUCAAAGGAAGGUGUGAGAGGCUCUGCCUUUUCCACACCUACAGACUCCUCUUCACGCUUGAAGCCUUUUAGAGCUCAGCUGCAGGAGAGCACACUAGCCAGCAGAGGGCAGCACACAACACGCUUCCCCAGCCAGCAAUUCUGGAGGACUUGACCAAGAGGCAGCUGCAGUCUUGGCGGGGCCAGGCUCAGACUCCCAAGUUCAGCACUCUGGGAGACCUGCUACUGCCUGGUCCUCCUGACAAGGCAAGAUCAGAACUCUAGGUCCCGGUACCACACAAUUGGAGGGUUGCCUUUGCUUCUGGGUUUGCUUUAAUCCCAGACCUAAGCAACCUAUCUAGGUCCCGGGGAUCAGUCAGUACUUUCCUACUGCCUCGUGGGACUUUGCCUCGUAAGUCUAAAACAUGCUAAAAGGUGGUGAAGUAUGGAUCACAAUUAGGAAAUGGAAAGGGUCAACUGAGGCCCAGUGUUUGUUCCAUGGGGGCUUCAAGCUAUUGUGUUCUUUCUCCAGUCACCCAGAUUCCUCUCUGGACUAACAUUUCCUUCCUGCCCAGCUCUCCCCUUUAUCCUCAACCAGAACCAGGGUGAGCUGUGUGGCCUGUUCUCCAGUGUGUCCUUUCCUGGCAUUUAACCCCUGCCAAAAGCCUCCCACCCCACCCACCCCAUCCCCGAAAGCACAUGCUCCGUGUACAUCCUGUGAAGUCGCCCUUGGAAGAGGAGGCUAGCCUUUAUCAAGACGGAAAAAGUCCAAAGCUACUUAAGCCCAGAAGCCAAAACCUUCCCUGCAACCCUGCAACCUAUAACCAUCAAGCCUCGGGCAACAGCAUCCUCAGAUAUGGAGGGGACCAGUCCUCUCCUGAAAGGCAUUAGAACGGCUGGUACUACCAACCCUUCAUAUCCACAUUAUUAUAGAGGCCUCCUUUGGCUUUGUAAAUGUAUUCCCUCCAGGGUCUCUUUAUGGAACUUCAUUCUUUCUUGGGGGGGGGGGGCGGUGCCCAAAGGAUAGAGUGGUCUUGGUGGUGAUUUUCUUUUGAGUUUGGUUUUCAUUUGUUGGGCUACUUUUGCCUCACCCCAUAAAAAGCAGUGCCACCCAGAGACAGGGGAAGAAGCCUAAAGGAGCAUGGGAUUGCUGAGCACAGAACCCACCCUUCCUCCUUCUCCUACAUUCAUGUCCAAAUGCGAGGAGUGCAGGAGGGGUGAAGUAGAAGGCUCAUUGUACUGCCUAUAAACCUGAACCCUCAAUCAAAGCCGCCGCCCACCACUAGGUCUGUCUGCAUUGCCUGUAGCCCUGAAAAGAUGCUAGCAGGAUGCAGUUUACUCCAUUUCCCCACCCCCCCACCCCACCCCAGCAGCCACACCUCAUGGUGCAGAAGCCUUGAUAUGGGCUCUGCAGACUUCUUUUCCACCCUGACUUCUCAAGCGGGAUCUGAGUAAGCCCACAGGACAAUGCUCACGAAAUACUUGCAACCCUCAAGUUUGUUGGUGGAAAAACAUGACCAGCUCCUAGGGAGGAAGCUGCCUCCCCGGCCAAAGCAGAGACCGAUACAAACAAGCCCACGUACAGGGAAGCUUUCUUCCAUUGACUCUAUUGUCAAGUCCAGAGA